CUACAAACAAUAGAAACCAAAGGGAAAAUAUUAGAAACACGGAGUAAUUAUACGUUUUUCAAUCAAAUGAUCAAUCAAUAUGAAAUUACAAUAAAUCGCGAAUGAACUCAUUUGCAAUUUUGCAGAAGCGAUUAGAUCUCCUGUAGUUAUUGCAGACUGCUGCAUGUUCUUACUUCGCAUUGUGUAUGAUAAUUUAUUAGAUUGGGGGUGACGAAAGAUGUUUCGAUUUCUGCAAGUGAAGACCAGGAAGCGGAUUUGAUUGAUCUUUCUAGGGUUUUCAGGACAAUUUUAGGCAAUGUCCGUGGCUAAGGCUUUGACUGUCGUCCCUGCUGCGGUUCUGCGGAACCUCUCCGAUAAGCUCUACGAAAAGCGCAAGAAUGCUGCUCUCGAGUUGGAAGGGAUUGUGAAGCAAUUGGCAGCUGCUGGUGAUCAUGACAAGAUUACAUCGGUGAUCAAUUUGUUGGCACAUGAGUAUGCCUAUUCGCCCCAAGCAAAUAACAGGAAAGGAGGAUUGAUAGGGCUAGCUGCCGCAACUGUUGGUUUGACCUCAGAAGCAUCACAACAUCUUGAGCAAAUUGUACCGCCAGUCCUCACCUCCUUUUCUGAUCAAGAUAGCAGAGUUCGCUAUUAUGCUUGUGAAGCUCUCUAUAACAUAGCCAAGGUUGUAAGAGGAGAUUUUAUUGUGUUUUUCAAUCAAAUAUUUGAUGCUUUGUGCAAACUCUCGGCAGACUCAGAUGCAAAUGUGCAAAGUGCUGCACAUCUUUUAGAUAGACUUGUGAAGGACAUUGUCACCGAGAGUGAUCAAUUCAGCAUUGAAGAAUUUAUACCACUUCUAAGAGAACGGAUGAAUGUCCUGAAUCCGUACGUGCGUCAAUUUCUGGUUGGGUGGAUCACAGUAUUAGAUAGUGUUCCAGAUAUUGAUAUGCUUGGAUUCCUUCCUGAUUUCCUUGAUGGUUUAUUUAAUAUGCUAAGUGAUUCUAGCCAUGAAAUACGACAACAAGCUGAUUCUGCACUCUCAGAGUUUCUUCAGGAAAUUAAGAACUCUCCUUCUGUAGAUUAUGGUCGUAUGGCUGAGAUAUUGGUGCAGAGGGCAGCCUCACCAGAUGAAUUUACUCGGCUGACAGCUAUUACUUGGAUCAAUGAGUUUGUAAAACUUGGUGGGGAUCAGCUGGUUCCCUAUUAUGCUGAUAUUCUUGGUGCAAUUUUGCCAUGUAUUGCUGAUAAGGAAGAAAAGAUAAGAGUUGUUGCUCGUGAAACUAAUGAUGAAUUACGAUCAAUCAAGGUUGAUCCAACUGAAGGGUUUGAUGUUGGAGCAAUUCUAGCAAUUGCUAGGAGGCAGUUGUUUAGUGAAUUUGAGGCAACACGAAUUGAAGCAUUGCAUUGGAUGUCAACUUUACUAACUAGACAUCGGAAGGAGGUCUUAGUUUUUUUAAAUGACGUUUUUGACACACUUCUAAAGGCUCUCUCUGACCCCUCAGAUGAGGUAGUGCUUCUUGUGCUUGAUGUGCACGCAUGUGUUGCUAAAGAUCCACAACACUUCCAUCAACUUAUAGUUUUUUUGGUACAUUGUUUUCGUGAUGACCAUUCUCUCCUAGAGAAACGUGGCGCUUUGAUAGUUCGAAGGCUUUGUGUGCUUCUAGAUGCUGAAAGAGUUUACAGGGAACUUUCCACAAUACUAGAAGGCGAAUCAGAUCUAGAUUUUGCAUCGAUGAUAGUGCAGGCUUUGAACUUGAUUUUGCUUACUUCAUCUGAACUGUCUGAGCUUCGUGACCUUCUGAAACAAUCUUUAGCGAAUGGUUCUGGAAAAGAUCUUUUUCUUUCUUUGUAUGCGUCAUGGUGCCAUUCACCAAUGGCCAUAAUAAGCCUCUGCUUCUUAGCACAAGCAUACCAGCAUGCUAGUUCUGUCAUUCGGUCACUGGUGGAGGAAGACAUCAAUGUAAAGUUUUUGGUCCAACUUGACAAAUUAAUUCACCUUCUGGAGACUCCCGCAUUUGCUUACUUGAGGCUGCAGCUUCUUGAACCUGGAAGAUAUAUUUGGUUGUUGAAAGCUUUGUAUGGUUUGCUAAUGCUUCUACCACAGCAAAGUGCAGCUUUUAAGAUUCUUCGGACUCGGCUGAAAACUGUACCUUCAUACUCUUUUAGUGGUGAUCAGCUUAGCCAAACAUCAGGGAAUCCUUAUUCUAAGAGUAGUAACUCAAGGCGUGACUCACGAUUUUCAGAUAAUGGUGAUUUCGAUGAGGAUUUACAUGAUGAUAUGCACAAUGGAAUAAAUUUCUCUACUUGGCUACAGCUUUUUGAACACAUCCAACAUCUGCAUCGUAUGCAUUCAAAGUCACAUGCAGUGUCACACUCGCGCUGCAGCUCCAACUCAUCACCUAAGGGGUUACAAAGGCCGGAAGACCCCAAACAAACUGGCCCAAUGCUAGACUUCAACGGACCUUCAUUAAGACUGGCACGUAGGGGUCCUGGACAGCUGCUGCUCUGAUGGUUUUAUUUGCACCCCCAAUAGAUGGAUGAGGCUGUUUGCACAAAUUUUUUGGGGAAUUCCAUCUUAGUUUUGGUUUAGUUUGUACAUUGUAUAUGCUACCAUUGCUCUUAUAAAGUGAGGAUGGAAGGUGUUUGAAAUGGCAGGGGAAAUCAGGUAUGAGUUUUAGCUAUUUGUAGUGA